AUGUACAAAUUAACUGCAGCGUUGUUGUUAAUUUUGGCGCUGGCAAAGGGUCAGGUUCAAAAUGAAACCACCUUAAGUAAUAAUAGAAAUAAUUAUCGCAACAGCUCUGUAGCACGCACCGAAGAUUAUAUAAAUAUGAACCGUCGACAAUAUGAGAAUAAUGUACAGGAUUAUGAAAAUCAAAUGGAUAAAUUUACACAACUUUAUGCUGGACGUGUUGAAGUAAUUAAUAUAAACCUAGAAAUGCUAAUUGAUGGUCUGGUCCAAAGCGAAGAACGUUUAAAUCCUUUAGAAGUUUUAAGUGAUUUUAACAAGGAGUGUGUCACCAAAUAUCGUUCAUCGAUACCUACAGCAGCUUAUACUAAAACCUCCAUCACUAAUUGUGUUAACACAGCCAAUAACCAGGUCAACAGUUUGUUAAGCAGUCCUCGAAGCACCAAAACUUCCUUACAAAACUAUUACACCAACUAUUUUGAAAAGGAGGUCACAAAUUGUGGCAAAAAAUUCCUUAAUUCCACGGCAAAUUAUACCAAUUGUGUUACCAGUGUGACCUCCACCACUAAUACUUAUACUAUUAACAAUCAAAAGACCUUUGCCACUCAAAUGGAUGCAGCCAUCUGUUCAUCCAAUGCCCAUAUUAAGAGAGCUUUGGAUUGUAGCUUUAUUGUUCAGAAUCGUACAAUUUCCCUUAUAGCUGAGGCCAAUACAUUGAUAAAUAAAUGUAUGUUGGGUGAGGAUGUUUGCAAACCUUGCAAUCCGGGUUUUAAUUGUCCAUAUGUCUAUUACUUACAUCACUCUCAAGUGGAUUACAAAAAUAAAACAAUGUUGAAUCCUUUCUAUGGACGUGAUCGUAAAGAUUGUUUAGUGUUGGAUAUACAAUAA